CAAAUGCCCCCGCGACUCCAAAUGCCCUCGCGACUCCAAGUGCACCCCGCGGCUCCAAAUUCGUCUCGCACCGCCUGACACGUGUCUGUUUCCUCGCCUAACCUUACCUACCUUCCUUGGUAAUAGCAUCUCACAAAGUACAGCCGUCAUCGUUUGCGACGUCUUCUCGUCCACGCCAGCAUGAGCAGCACCGAUGGCGUCACCAGCAUCGAUGGCGGCACCAGCAUCGAUGGCGGCAGCGCUAGCAAUCCCUGUCCUGACAGCAGCGACAGUGACACGGUUUCGCGCGGGGCCAUUUUCGGCCUGUUUCUGACGCUUGGCUUCUGUCUCGUCUCGCAGCCCUAUGGCAGCUUGGUGUUCCGGAGCCGGUUUGGCGUCUUUUGGCGCCUCAACCCACUGUCUUGCUCUCUCGAGGCUGCCACAAUCGUUGUUGACCUCUUGGUCGCCGCGGCCAGCUCCCUGCGGAAGCAACGACGGCCUGGCUCUAGCCUGGCAUCCGCGCCCUUUCAUGUACCCAAGCGACAGGUUGCCAAGGAAUUGUGGGCCGACUUGCACGCAACAUCGGCCGCCUUGCUUUUGGUGCGCGCCAACGCCGACGGCCAUCGUGACGAAAGCCCACUAGCACUUCUUCUAGAAGCCACGGCCCAUGACCAGUCGACCGGCCUAUCCACAACACGAUCUGCCGUCCACCAUGAGCCGCCGACGCCACCGCCACCGCCAGGCUCGCCGCCGUCCACCGACAGCGGCGCGACGACGAAUAUCAGCGGCGCGACGACGAAUAUCAUCAGCGCCGUCGUUCCCCCGAGGCAAGACCACCCUGUCGCCGUUUCCACGGGAACCUCUUCCGAUCACGGGCCCAGCGUGACGCGGCGAAGUACGGCCCAGCUAGAGCAAGGUCCAGAGCCGCCUGCCCCGAGUGAGAGCCAGUCGCAGCAGACAAGCGGGGCUAGACUUGAUGCCUUUCGCACAGCCCUGGGCUCCAAUGCUUUCACCCACCGCGAACUCCCAGUCCACAUAGUCACCUUCCUCUCAGCGGCCGGCGCCGCCGUCAAACUCUGCGUCAACACCAUACCCUUAGCCGCCAGGGUUGCCGGCAUCCUCAUGCUUACGUCGUGGCUUUCUCUGCAGGCGCUGCUGGUCGUCUUCCAUGCAACCCACAUCGGCGACGACCAGAUGGCCCGUAUUGUCCGCUCCACCAGAGAUUUGCUCGACGCUCGUGCCUGGAGCCGGAGAAGAUCGUUUCGGGCUCUUUUGCCUCUCUUUCUCACGGUCCCGCCCCUUCUCUACCUCUCCAUCCUUGUGGCCGUCGGCCGAACAAACCGCGACCAGAAUUGGAAUUUUGUAGAUGUUGUUCUGGAUGCCCCCACGGGCGUCGUCUUGGUCUUAGCGCCGCUUGUUUUCCUUUCCACAGCUUAUCAGAGAUUCGAGGAUGCCCCGUCGUGGACGAAAGCACCGGGAUUCCACAUAGCGCUUCUAUCUGUCCUCGACGCUACGGUUCGUAUUGUUCUUUUCUUUUGCAGCCUUCUUUUCUUUUCCUGUUACUGGAUGAUUCGUUUUAUCCCGAAUCCCGAGAGCCCCAUUGUUGCUUCGAAUUCCCCCCCCGAGUUCGUUAUCACCGUUGGGUAUUAUUUCUAUGUCGUCAUCAUUGUCCCGGCCCUCCUUUUUGCUUGCGGCGGCUUAUUAGUUGCACGCAUGCCGCCUCGAGACCGCGAUGAGUCCGUUUUUGUCUUGGUCGUUCAAGUCCUGGAUCUUGUCGUUACGACAGUCGUAUUUAGUGCAUUUUUGGCGGGCUAUGAAGAAGAAGGAACUUACCAGCCGGAGUGGAUCUCUUGGUUUGGCUAGAUUGGGUCGCGGACUCGAGGGGAUGGUUGCCGGCAUCAUUGCUCCUGGCUAGUAGGCAGGCUGCCCAGGAAAUCCGAACGAAUGAAAAGUCCGCUUUGAGUUCCGAGGCUAGCAAGCCGCGGCGAGCGAAGCCUCGGUCUAACGUCGCGGUCCGUCUUGCAAGGCUUUUUUUUCACUUUGACACCCCGCUUAAUUAUCGCGUGGGCUGCGUGGCUGAGGGAUUACGUUGCCUUCGUCCGUCGUCGCCAAGCCGCAGCGGAUAGAUCCCACUGUCUAUUCUAGUGCAGGAAUGAGACCCCUGAUCUUCAGGCUACGGCG